AUGUUCGAAGUUAUGAAAGGUUUGUAUGAUUGUUAUAAGAAAAAAAAUUGUGAUCACUGUAAUUGUAUAUUAUGUGGUCAUUUGCCAAGAGAGGAACGAAGAUUAGGAGAAAUGCGGAAGUCUGCAGCUAGUAUGGUUAAGGCAGAAACAGUGACGGAAAUAAAAAAAGAUAAAUUAAAAACGAUAAAAGCUGGCCUUCCCACCCCUCUGGAAGGUAAAAGUAGAGCUGAGAAAGAAAAAAUAUUGAAAGACUUUGCAAAGACCGGUGGGCCAUUACCUGAAGGAAAAACCGCAUCGGAAAAGGAGAUGAUUAAAAAAAUUAAGACGGAACUAGGUCUACCACGGGAACCUAAAACAGACGAAGAAAAAGAAAAACUUCGAAAGGCGCAGCUGGCUGGUUUAAUAACUCCUUUAGAAGGCAAAACUGCUUCCCAAAAAGCAAAAAUUUUAAAAAAACAAAUGGAAAUGGGUGUUCCUUUACCUGAAGGAAGAACACCUUCUGAAAAAGUCUUAAUACACAAAAUAAAAACUGGUGCCAUUGCCCCAUCAGAACAUAAAAUCCCUUCCGAAAAAUUGGAAAAAGCUGUAGCCGAAGGAUUAUUUACGCCAUUGGAAGGAAAAUCUCCGGAACAAAAAGAAAAAAUUAUAAGAGGUCUGGCAAUAAAUGGAAUCCCGCUUCCUGAAGGUAAAACUGCAUCAGAAAAAAAACUCAUCAAUAAAGUUCGAGCUGAAAUGGGAUUGCCACCUUCACCGGAAACCGCUUCGCAAAAAAAGAAGUACCAAAAAGCAAUGGCAAAAGGACUUAUAACGCCAUUAGAAGGUAAAACUGCAGCACAAAAAGAAAAGAUUUUAAAAGGUCAAGCAGAUUUAGGUUUGAAAUUACCCGAGGGGCGUACUGCGUCGGAAAGAUCAAUCAUAGCAAAAGUAAAGGGGGCCGCGCCACCUCCUUCAGAGUAUAGGGUGCCAUCUGCGAAAUUACGGAAGGCUAAAGCUGAAGGAUUAUUAACACCUUUGGAAGGAAAACCACCCGACCAGAAAGAAAAAAUACUAAGAGGUCUAGCAAUGAAUGGGAUUCCGCUUCCCGAAGGUAAAACUGAAUCGGUAAAAAAAGUUGUCAAUAAAGUUCGAGCUGAAUUAGGAUUACCACCUUCACCGGAAACUGCUUCGGAUAAAAAGAAAUAUGAAAAAGCAAUGGCAGCUGGGCUGAUUACGCCACUCGAGGGAAAAACUGCAGCACAGAAAGAAAAAAUUUUAAAAGGCCAAGCAGAUUUGGGUUUGCCCUUACCAGAGGGACGUACAGAUUCAGAAAAGGCAAUCAUAGCAAAAGUAAAAGCAACCGCUGCACCACCUCCUAAGUACAAAGUGCCAUCUACAAAAUUACGUAAAGCUAAAGCGGCGGGGUUAAUAACGCCGUUAGAAGGAAAACCACCAGACCAAAAAGAAAAAAUAUUAAAAGGUUUAGCAAUGCAUGGAAUUCCUCUACCUGAGGCUAAAACUGCAUCAGAAAAAAAACUUAUCGACAAAGUCCGAGCUGAGGUAGGGUUACCGCCUUCACCGGAAACUGCAUCUGAUAAAAAGAAAUAUGAAAAAGCAAUGGCAGCUGGACUGAUUACGCCACUGGAAGGUAAAACUGCAGCACAAAAAGAAAAAAUUCUAAGGGGCCAAGCAGAUUUAGGUUUGCCUCUACCUGAAGGACGCACGGCGUCAGAAAAAGCUAUCAUAGCUAAAGUGAAAGCAGCUGCCCCACCUCCUUCCGAAUACAAAGUGCCUUCGGUAAAAUUACGUAAAGCUAAAGAAGCGGGAAUUUUGACACCGUUGGAGGGAAAGACACCAGAACAAAAAGAAAAAAUUCUGAAAGGUUUAGCUAUGCAUGGAAUCCCUCUCCCUGAAGGCAAAACUGCUUCAGAAAAAAAACUUGUCGACAAAGUCAGAGCUGAAGUAGGACUACCACCUCCACCAGAAACUGCUUCGCAAAAAAAGAAGUACAAUAAAGCAUUGGCAGCUGGGCUUAUUACGCCACUAGAAGGAAAAACUACAGCUCAGAAAGAAAAGAUUUUACAGGGUCAAGCAGAUUUAGGUUUGCCUCUACCCGAAGGGCGUACGGCAUCAGAAAAAGCUAUCAUAGCUAAAGUAAAAGCAGCUGCCCCGCCUCCUUCCGAAUACAAAGUGCCUUCAGUAAAAUUACGUAAAGCUAAAGCGGCGGGAUUUUUGACACCGCUAGAAGGAAAAACACCCGCACAAAAAGAAAAAAUUUUGAAAGGUUUAGCUAUGCAUGGAAUCCCACUUCCCGAAGGUAAAACGGCGUCGGAGAAAAAACUUGUUAAUAAAGUUCGAGCUGACGUAGGAUUGCCACCUUCACCGGAAACUUCUUCGCAAAAAAAGAAGUAUGAAAAGGCAAUGGCAGCUGGGCUGAUUACGCCACUAGAAGGAAAAACUACAGCACAAAAAGAAAAGAUUUUACAGGGUCAAGCAGAUUUAGGUUUGCCUCUACCCGAAGGGCGUACGGCAUCAGAAAAAGCUAUCAUAGCUAAAGUAAAAGCAGCUGCCCCGCCUCCUUCCGAAUACAAAGUGCCUUCAGUAAAAUUACGUAAAGCUAAAGCGGCGGGAUUUUUGACACCGCUAGAAGGAAAAACACCCGCACAAAAAGAAAAAAUUUUGAAAGGUUUAGCUAUGCAUGGAAUCCCACUUCCCGAAGGUAAAACGGCGUCGGAAAAAAAACUUGUUAAUAAAGUUCGAGCCGAAGUAGGAUUGCCACCUUCGCCGGAAACUUCUUCGCAAAAAAAGAAGUAUGAAAAGGCAAUGGCAGCUGGGCUGAUUACGCCACUAGAAGGAAAAACUACAGCACAAAAAGAAAAGAUUUUACAGGGUCAAGCAGAUUUAGGUUUGCCUCUACCCGAAGGGCGUACGGCAUCAGAAAAAGCUAUCAUAGCUAAAGUAAAAGCAGCUGCCCCGCCUCCUUCCGAAUACAAAGUGCCGUCAGUAAAAUUACGUAAAGCUAAAGCGGCGGGAUUUUUGACACCGCUAGAAGGAAAAACACCCGCACAAAAAGAAAAAAUUUUGAAAGGUUUAGCUAUGCAUGGAAUCCCACUCCCCGAAGGUAAAACUGCGUCGGAAAAAAAACUUGUUAAUAAAGUUCGAGCUGAAGUGGGACUACCCCCUUCACCGGAAACUUCUUCGCAAAAAAAGAAGUAUGAAAAGGCAAUGGCAGCUGGGCUGAUUACGCCACUAGAAGGAAAAACUACAGCACAGAAAGAAAAGAUUUUACAGGGUCAAGCAGAUUUAGGUUUGCCUCUACCCGAAGGGCGUACGGCAUCAGAAAAAGCUAUCAUAGCUAAAGUAAAAGCAGCUGCCCCGCCUCCUUCCGAAUACAAAGUGCCGUCAGUAAAAUUACGUAAAGCUAAAGCGGCGGGAGUUUUGACACCGUUGGAGGGAAAGACACCAGAACAAAAAGAAAAAAUUCUGAAAGGUUUAGCUAUGCAUGGAAUCCCACUCCCCGAAGGUAAAACUGCGUCGGAAAAAAAACUUGUUAAUAAAGUUCGAGCUGAAGUGGGACUACCCCCUUCACCGGAAACUUCUUCGCAAAAAAAGAAGUAUGAAAAGGCAAUGGCAGCUGGGCUGAUUACGCCACUAGAAGGAAAAACUACAGCACAGAAAGAAAAGAUUUUAAAGGGACAAGCAGAUUUAGGUUUGCCUCUACCCGAAGGGCGUACGGCAUCAGAAAAAGCUAUCAUAGCUAAAGUAAAAGCAGCUGCCCCGCCUCCUUCCGAAUACAAAGUGCCUUCAGCAAAAUUACGUAAAGCUAAAGCAGCGGGAUUUUUGACACCGCUAGAAGGAAAAACACCCGCACAAAAAGAAAAAAUAUUGAAAGGUUUAGCUAUGCAUGGAAUCCCACUCCCCGAAGGUAAAACGGCGUCGGAAAAGAAACUUGUUAAUAAAGUUCGAGCUGAAGUAGGAUUGCCACCUUCACCGGAAACUUCUUCGCAAAAAAAGAAGUAUGAAAAGGCAAUGGCAGCUGGGCUGAUUACGCCACUAGAAGGAAAAACUACAGCACAGAAGGAAAAGAUUUUACAGGGUCAAGCAGAUUUAGGUUUGCCUCUACCCGAAGGGCGUACGGCAUCAGAAAAAGCUAUCAUAGCUAAAGUAAAAGCAGCUGCCCCGCCUCCUUCCGAAUACAAAGUGCCUUCAGUAAAAUUACGUAAAGCUAAAGCGGCGGGAUUUUUAACACCGCUAGAAGGAAAAACACCCGCACAAAAAGAAAAAAUUUUGAAAGGUUUAGCUAUGCAUGGAAUCCCACUUCCCGAAGGUAAAACGGCGUCGGAAAAAAAACUUGUUAAUAAAGUUCGAGCCGAAGUAGGAUUGCCACCUUCGCCGGAAACUUCUUCGCAAAAAAAGAAGUAUGAAAAGGCAAUGGCAGCUGGGCUGAUUACGCCACUAGAAGGAAAAACUACAGCACAGAAAGAAAAGAUUUUACAGGGUCAAGCAGAUUUAGGUUUGCCUCUACCCGAAGGGCGUACGGCAUCAGAAAAAGCUAUCAUAGCUAAAGUAAAAGCAGCUGCCCCGCCUCCUUCCGAAUACAAAGUGCCGUCAGUAAAAUUACGUAAAGCUAAAGCGGCGGGAUUUUUGACACCGCUAGAAGGAAAAACACCCGCACAAAAAGAAAAAAUUUUGAAAGGUUUAGCUAUGCAUGGAAUCCCACUCCCCGAAGGUAAAACUGCGUCGGAAAAAAAACUUGUUAAUAAAGUUCGAGCUGAAGUAGGAUUGCCACCUUCACCGGAAACUGCUUCGCAAAAAAAGAAGUAUGAAAAAGCAAUGGCAGCUGGGCUGAUUACGCCAUUAGAAGGUAAAACUGCAGCACAAAAAGAAAAGAUUCUAAGGGGUCAGGCAAAUUUAGGUAUGCCACUACCCGAAGGUCGCACUGCAUCAGAAAAAGCUAUCAUAGCAAAAGUAAAAGCAGCCGCACCACCUGUUUCUGAAUAUAGAGUACCAUCGGCAAAAUUACGUAAAGCUAAAGCUGCUGGUCUGAUGACACCUUUAGAGGGAAAAUCGCCGGAACAAAAAGAAAAAAUACUUAAAGGUCUAGCAAUGCAUGGAAUCCCUCUUCCCGAAGGUAAAACUGCAUCGGAAAAAAAACUUGUUAAUAAAGUUCGAGCUGAAGUGGGACUACCACCUUCACCGGAAACUGCUUCCCAAAAAAAGAAGUAUGAAAAGGCAAUGGCAGCUGGGCUAAUUACGCCACUUGAAGGUAAAACUUCAGCACAAAAAGAAAAAAUUUUAAAAGGUCAAGCAGAUUUAGGUUUGCCUCUACCCGAAGGGCGUACGGCAUCGGUAAAAGCUAUUAUAGCAAAAGUAAAAGCAGCUGCACCACCUCCUUCAGAAUAUAAGGUGCCAUCGGCGAAGUUGCGAAAAGCGAAAGCUGAAGGGCUACUGACUCCUUUAGAAGGCAAAACUCCAGAGCAGAAAGAAAAGAUAAUAAGAGGAUUGGCAAUGGUUGGUAUCCCGUUACCUGAAGGAAAAACAGCUUCAGAAAAAAAAAUUAUAAAGAAAGUUAGAGAAGAAGUCGGAUUACCACCAGAGCCUAAAACAGAGGCUGAGAAAAAGAAAUAUAGAGAAGCAGCAGCUGCUGGCCUUAUAACACCUUUAGAGGGCAAAACUUUAUCUCAAAAGAAAGCUAUUCUUCAAGGGCAAGCUGAUAUGGGAAUUGAAUUACCGGAAGGUAGAAGUGCUUCCGAGAAAGAAAUUAUAAACGAAAUAAAAAGGGGCCCAAAAAAAGUAAAAUUAAAAUCAAUAGCUAUUGAAGCAGGUAAGCCAGCCCUACCCCUAGAAAAAAGACUAAAACUUGAUAAAAAAACUGCUAAGGUCAUGAAGGAAGGGAAAGGGCCCAGUGAUGAAUGCAUUUGUGGCUUGUUAACUCCAGAAUCAGAAAGAGUUCCGAGAGAAAGUAGAAUUAUACCCCCAGGUAAAACUAAUGCUCAAAAAGAAAAAAUUUUAAGGGGUCUUGCAAAGAAGGGACUACCAUUACCAGAAGCCAAAACAGCUUCUGAAAGAAAAAUAAUUGAUAAAGUACGUCAUGAAAUGGGUUUGCCACCAGAACCUAAAACACGUUCUUUAAAAGAAAAAUAUGCACAGGCUCAAGCUGCUGGCAUUAUAACACCUUUGGAGGGUAAAACAGCCUCAGAAAAAGAAAAGAUUUUGACUAAGCAAGCUAAGAUGGGCGUGCCCCUUCCGGAAGGACGAACGGCAUCUGAGAAAGCUCUCAUUAACAAAAUUAAAGCAACUAUGAUUCCACCAGAAACAACAUCAGAAAAAUUAAGAAAAGCCAAAGCAGCUGGUCUGUUGACCCCGCUUGAAGGAAAAACACCCGAAGAAAAGGAAAAGAUAAUAAAAAAUUUAGCGAAAGCAGGACUUCCAUUACCAGAAGGCAAAACAUCUUCAGAGAGGCAACUCAUUAAAAAAGUUAGAGAUGAUAUGGGCUUACCAACAGCAGGACUUCCAUCAGAAAAGUUUCGUAAGGCCCAAGCAGCCGGUCUUAUAACCCCUUUAGCCGGGAAAACACCUGCACAAAAAGAGAAGAUAUUAAAGGGAAGGCUAGCAGCUGGCUUACCACUACCAGAAGGUGUUACUACAUCGGACAAAGAAUUGAUUAAAAAAGUCAAAGCUGCAACUGGCUAUAUUUCUCCUCCCCCGAAAACUGCUUCAGAAAAGUUACGAAGAGCUAAAAUGGCUGGUUUAUUGACUCCUUUGGAAGGUAAAACGGCAGAGCAGAAAAAAAAUAUUUUAAAAGGAUUAGUUAAAGAAGGUAUUCCCUUACCUGAAGGAAAAACUGCCUCUGAAAAAAAACUUAUUAAUCAAGUUCGAAAAGAAGUUGGACUACCCCCUGAACCUACAACAUCUUCAAUGAAAGAAAGAAUGAAAAUUGCACAAGAUGCCGGUAUCAUAACACCACUAGAAGGAAAAUCUGCUGCUCAAAAGGAAAAAAUAUUAAAAAAGUUGCAUGAAGCUGGAGUCCAACUACCAGAAGGAAGAACUAAAUCAGAAAAGUCAUUAAUACGAAAAGUUAAAGCCGAGCCUCUUUAUAAAAUACCAUCUAAAAAGUUGAAAGCAGCUAAAGCUGCGGGCCUCAUUACGCCACUUGAAGGAAAAUCUACAGCUCAAAAAGAGAAAAUAUUAAAAGGAUUAGCUAUGCAUGGAAUUCCAUUGCCUGAAGCAAAGACAGCAUCCGAAAAGAAAAUAAUAGAUAAGGUUAGAGCUGAAGUUGGUUUACCACCGGAACCAACGACAUUAUCUGCGAAGGAAAAAUACAAGGCUGCUGUCGCUGCAGGUAUAAUCACACCAUUAGAAGGGAAAUCAAAUGAUCAGAAGGAACAAGUCCUUCAAAAAUUAGCUAAAAUGGGAAUCCCUUUACCCGAGGGUAGAACACCUUCAGAAAAAGCUCUCAUUGCACAAAUUAAGGCAACUGCACCGCCUCCAUCAGAAAUACGAAUUCCACCCGAAAAAUUAGCUCAAGCUAAGGCUGCAGGAUUAUUGACACCCCUAGAAGGAAAAACUCCAGAACAAAAGAAAAAAAUUUUAAAGGGCUUAGCUAUGCAAGGUAUCCCCUUACCUGAAGCAAAAACAUUAUCCGAAAAGAAAUUGAUAGAUAAAGUAAGAGCGGAAGUUGGCUUACCACCGGAACCAAAAACACCUUCCAGUAAAGAAAAGUAUAAAAAAGCUUUAGCUGCAGGUUUUAUUACACCUUUGGAAGGAAAAUCGAAGGAACAAAAAGAAAAAAUACUCAAAGAACAAGCAAAGUUAGGUCUUGCUUUACCUGAAGGAAGAACUCCAUCUGAAAAGUCCUUGAUUAAAAAAAUAAGAGCUGCUGCACCUCCUCCAUCUGAAAUGCGGAUCCCUUCUGAAAAACUAGCGAAAGCUAAAGCGGCAGGAUUAUUAACACCCUUAGAAGGAAAAACCCCAGAACAAAAGAAAAAAAUUUUAAAGGGCUUAGCUAUGCAAGGUAUCCCCUUACCUGAAGCAAAGACAUUAUCCGAAAAGAAAUUAAUAGACAAAGUAAGAGCGGAAGUUGGCUUACCACCGGAACCAAAAACACCUUCCACUAAAGAAAAAUAUAAAAAAGCGUUAGCUGCAGGAAUCAUUACACCUUUGGAAGGAAAAUCGAAGGAACAAAAAGAAAAAAUACUCAAAGAACAAGCAAAAUUAGGGCUUGCUUUACCUGAAGGAAGAACUGCAUCGGAAAAGUCCUUGAUUAAAAAAAUAAGAGCUGCUGCACCUCCUCCAUCUGAAAUACGGAUUCCUUCUGAAAAAUUAGCGAAAGCUAAAGCGGCAGGACUAUUAACACCCUUAGAAGGAAAAACCCCAGAACAAAAGAAAAAAAUCUUAAAGGGCUUAGCUAUGCAAGGUAUCCCCUUACCUGAAGCAAAAACAGCAUCAGAAAAGAAAUUAAUAGACAAAGUAAGAGCGGAAGUUGGCUUACCACCGGAACCAAAAACACCUUCAACUAAAGAAAAAUAUAAAAAAGCGUUAGCUGCAGGCCUCAUUACACCUUUGGAAGGAAAAUCUAAGGAACAAAAAGAAAAAAUACUCAAAGAACAAGCAAAAUUAGGGCUUGCUUUACCUGAAGGGAGAACUGCAUCGGAGAAGUCCUUGAUAAAAAAAAUAAGAGCUGCUGCACCUCCUCCAUCUGAAAUAAGGAUUCCUUCUGAAAAACUAGCGAAAGCUAAAGCGGCAGGAUUAUUAACACCCUUAGAAGGAAAAACCCCAGAACAAAAGAAAAAAAUUUUAAAAGGCUUAGCUAUGCAAGGUAUCCCCUUACCUGAAGCAAAAACAUUAUCCGAAAAGAAAUUGAUAGAUAAAGUAAGAGAGGAAGUUGGCUUACCACCGGAACCAAAAACACCUUCCACUAAAGAAAAAUAUAAAAAAGCUUUAGCUGCAGGCCUCAUUACACCUUUGGAAGGAAAAUCGAAGGAACAAAAGGAAAAAAUACUCAAAGAACAAGCAAAAUUAGGGCUUGCUUUACCUGAAGGGAGAACUCCAUCGGAAAAGUCCUUGAUUAAAAAAAUAAGAGCUGCUGCACCUCCUCCAUCUGAAAUACGGAUUCCUUCUGAAAAAUUAGCGAAAGCUAAAGCGGCAGGACUAUUAACACCCUUAGAAGGAAAAACCCCAGAACAAAAGAAAAAAAUCUUAAAGGGCUUAGCUAUGCAAGGUAUCCCCUUACCUGAAGCAAAAACAGCAUCAGAAAAGAAAUUAAUAGACAAAGUAAGAGCGGAAGUUGGCUUACCACCGGAACCAAAAACACCUUCAACUAAAGAAAAAUAUAAAAAAGCGUUAGCUGCAGGCCUCAUUACACCUUUGGAAGGAAAAUCUAAGGAACAAAAAGAAAAAAUACUCAAAGAACAAGCAAAAUUAGGGCUUGCUUUACCUGAAGGGAGAACUGCAUCGGAGAAGUCCUUGAUAAAAAAAAUAAGAGCUGCUGCACCUCCUCCAUCUGAAAUAAGGAUUCCUUCUGAAAAACUAGCGAAAGCUAAAGCGGCAGGAUUAUUAACACCCUUAGAAGGAAAAACCCCAGAACAAAAGAAAAAAAUUUUAAAGGGCUUAGCUAUGCAAGGUAUCCCUUUACCUGAAGCAAAAACAUUAUCCGAAAAGAAAUUGAUAGAUAAAGUAAGAGAGGAAGUUGGCUUACCACCGGAACCAAAAACACCUUCCACUAAAGAAAAAUAUAAAAAAGCUUUAGCUGCAGGCCUCAUUACACCUUUGGAAGGAAAAUCGAAGGAACAAAAGGAAAAAAUACUCAAAGAACAAGCAAAAUUAGGGCUUGCUUUACCUGAAGGGAGAACUCCAUCGGAAAAGUCCUUGAUUAAAAAAAUAAGAGCUGCUGCACCUCCUCCAUCUGAAAUACGGAUUCCUUCUGAAAAAUUAGCGAAAGCUAAAGCGGCAGGACUAUUAACACCCUUAGAAGGAAAAACCCCAGAACAAAAGAAAAAAAUCUUAAAGGGCUUAGCUAUGCAAGGUAUCCCCUUACCUGAAGCAAAAACAGCAUCAGAAAAGAAAUUAAUAGACAAAGUAAGAGCGGAAGUUGGCUUACCACCGGAACCAAAAACACCUUCAACUAAAGAAAAAUAUAAAAAAGCGUUAGCUGCAGGCCUCAUUACACCUUUGGAAGGAAAAUCUAAGGAACAAAAAGAAAAAAUACUCAAAGAACAAGCAAAAUUAGGGCUUGCUUUACCUGAAGGAAGAACUGCAUCGGAAAAGUCCUUGAUUAAAAAAAUAAGAGCUGCUGCACCUCCUCCAUCUGAAAUACGGAUUCCUUCUGAAAAAUUAGCGAAAGCUAAAGCGGCAGGACUAUUAACACCCUUAGAAGGAAAAACGCCAGAACAAAAGAAAAAAAUUUUAAAGGGCUUAGCUAUGCAAGGCAUCCCCUUACCUGAAGCAAAAACAGCAUCAGAAAAGAAAUUAAUAGAUAAAGUAAGAGCUGAAGUUGGUUUGCCACCAGAACCAGAAACGUCGUCAGCAAAAGCGAAAUAUAAAAAAGCUCUCGCCGCAGGUCUUAUUACGCCAUUAGAAGGUAAAACGAAGGAACAGAAAGAAAAAAUACUUAAGGGCCAAGCAAAGUUAGGUCUUCCUUUACCUGAAGGUAGAACUGCAUCUGAAAAGUCCUUGAUUGAAAAAGUUAAGGCUGCUGGACCUCCUCCAUCGGAAAUGCGGGUUCCAUCUGCAAAAUUGGCCAAAGCGAAAGCUGCAGGAUUAUUAACACCAUUAGAAGGAAAAACCCCAGAGCAAAAGAAGAACAUUUUGAAAGGUUUAGCAAUGCACGGAAUCCCUUUACCCGAAGCAAAAACAGCUUCAGAAAAGAAAUUAAUAGAUACCGUAAGAGCUGAAGUUGGUUUGCCACCAGAACCAGAAACGUCGUCAGCAAAAGCGAAAUAUAAAAAAGCACUCGCCGCAGGUCUUAUUACGCCAUUAGAAGGUAAAACAAAGGAACAGAAAGAAAAAAUACUUAAGGGCCAAGCAAAAUUAGGAGUUCCUUUACCAGAAGGUAGAACUGCAUCUGAAAAGUCCUUAAUUGAAAAAGUUAAGGCUGCUGGACCUCCUCCAUCGGAAAUGCGGGUUCCAUCUGCAAAAUUGGCCAAAGCGAAAGCUGCAGGAUUAUUAACACCAUUAGAAGGAAAAACCCCAGAGCAAAAGAAGAACAUUUUGAAAGGUUUAGCAAUGCACGGAAUCCCUUUACCCGAAGCAAAAACAGCUUCAGAAAAGAAAUUAAUAGAUACCGUAAGAGCUGAAGUUGGUUUGCCACCAGAACCAGAAACGUCGUCAGCAAAAGCGAAAUAUAAAAAAGCUCUUGCUGCAGGUCUUAUCACACCAUUAGAAGGUAAAACGAAGGAACAGAAAGAAAAAAUACUUAAGGGCCAAGCAAAAUUAGGUCUUCCUUUACCUGAAGGAAGGACUGCAUCUGAAAAGUCUUUGAUAGAAAAAGUGAUAGCUGCUGGACCUCCUCCAUCUGAAAUACGGAUUCCUCCUGAAAAACUAGCGAAAGCUAAAGCGGCAGGACUAUUAACACCUUUAGAAGGAAAAACCCCAGAACAAAAGAAAAAAAUCUUAAAGGGCUUAGCUAUGCAAGGUAUCCCCUUACCUGAAGCGAAAACAGCGUCGGAAAAGAAAUUAAUAGAUAAAGUAAGAGCUGAAGUUGGAUUGCCACCAGAACCAGAAACGUCGUCAGCAAAAGCGAAAUAUAAAAAAGCUCUCGCUGCAGGUCUUAUUACACCAUUAGAAGGUAAAACGAAGGAACAGAAAGAAAAAAUACUUAAGGGCCAAGCAAAAUUAGGUCUUCCUUUACCUGAAGGAAGAACUGCAUCUGAAAAGUCUUUGAUUGAAAAAGUGAUAGCUGCUGGACCUCCUCCAUCUGAAAUACGGAUUCCUCCUGAAAAACUAGCGAAAGCUAAAGCGGCAGGACUAUUAACACCUUUAGAAGGAAAAAGCCCAGAACAAAAGAAAAAAAUCUUAAAGGGCUUAGCUAUGCAAGGCAUCCCCUUACCUGAAGCGAAAACAGCGUCGGAAAAGAAAUUAAUAGAUAAAGUAAGAGCUGAAGUUGGAUUGCCACCAGAACCAGAAACGUCGUCAGCAAAAGCGAAAUAUAAAAAAGCCCUCGCUGCAGGUCUUAUUACACCAUUAGAAGGUAAAACGAAGGAACAGAAAGAAAAAAUACUUAAGGGCCAAGCAAAAUUAGGUCUUCCUUUACCUGAAGGAAGAACUGCAUCUGAAAAGUCUUUGAUAGAGAAAGUGAAAGCUGCUGGACCUCCUCCAUCUGAAAUACGGAUUCCUCCUGAAAAACUAGCGAAAGCUAAAGCGGCAGGACUAUUAACACCCUUAGAAGGAAAAACCCCAGAACAAAAGAAAAAAAUCUUAAAGGGCUUAGCUAUGCAAGGUAUCCCCUUACCUGAAGCGAAAACAGCAUCAGAAAAGAAAUUAAUAGAUAAAGUAAGAGCUGAAGUUGGAUUGCCACCAGAACCAGAGACAUCGUCAGCAAAAGCUAAAUAUAAAAAAGCUCUUGCUGCAGGAAUUAUUACGCCAUUGGAAGGUAAAACGAAAGAACAGAAAGAAAAAAUACUUAAAGGGCAAGCAAAAUUAGGCCUUCCUUUACCUGAGGGUCGCACAUCUUCAGAGAAAUCACUAAUUGCAAAAAUUAAGGCUACUGCAACUGUACCUUCAGAAAUUCAUGUACCUUCUGAGAAAUUACGCAAAGCAAAAGCUGCGGGCCUUUUGACACCACUAGAAGGCAAGACACCAGAACAAAAGGAACAAAUACUAAGAGGAUUAGCAUUACAAGGAAUUCCAUUGCCAGAAGCUAAAACUGCGUCAGAAAGGAAAUUAGCAGACAAAGUAAGAGCUGAAGUUGGUUUACCACCGGAACCAAAAACACCCUCCGAAAAAGCAAGGUAUAAAAAAGCUUUAGCUGCAGGCUUUAUUACGCCUUUGGAAGGAAAAUCAAAGGAACAAAAAGAAAAAAUACUCCAAGAACAAGCAAAAUUGGGACUUGCUUUACCUGAAGGGAGAACUGCAUCGGAGAAGUCCUUGAUAAAAAAAAUAAGAGCUGCUGCACCUCCUCCAUCUGAAAUACGGAUUCCUUCUGAAAAACUAGCGAAAGCUAAAGCGGCAGGAUUAUUAACACCCUUAGAAGGAAAAACCCCAGAACAAAAGAAAAAAAUUUUAAAGGGCUUAGCAAUGCAAGGAAUCCCCUUACCUGAAGCAAAAACAGAAUCAGAAAAGAAAUUAAUAGAUAAAGUAAGAGCGGAAGUUGGUUUGCCACCAGAACCAGAGACGUCGUCAGCAAAAGCGAAAUAUAAAAAAGCACUCGCCGCAGGUUUUAUUACGCCAUUAGAAGGUAAAACGAAGGAACAGAAGGAAAAAAUACUUAAGGGCCAAGCAAAAUUAGGAGUUCCUUUACCAGAAGGUAGAACUGCAUCCGAAAAGUCCUUGAUUGAAAAAGUUAAAGCGGCCGGACCUCCUCCGUCCGAAAUACGGGUUCCGUCUGCGAAAUUGGCGAAGGCGAAAGCUGCAGGAUUAUUAACGCCUUUAGAAGGUAAAACUCCUGAACAGAAGAAAAAAAUUUUAAAGGGCUUGGCUAUGCAAGGAAUACCAUUGCCCGAAGCCAAAACAGAAUCUGAAAAGCAAUUAAUAGAUAAAGUAAAAGCUGAAGUUGGUUUGCCACCGGAACCGGAAACAAAAUCUGCAAAAGUGAAAUAUAAAAAGGCUCUCGCCGCUGGGCUUAUUACACCAUUAGAAGGAAAAACAAAGGAACAAAAGGAAAAAAUUCUGAAGGGUCAAGCUAAAUUGGGACUACCAAUGCCCGAAGGGCGCACUUCUUCAGAGAAAUCACUUAUAGCAAAAGUACGACUUACUGCCAAUUUACCAUCAGAAAUCCAUGUUCCUUCAGAGAAGUUACGAAAAGCAAAAGCUGCAGGCCUUUUGACACCUUUAGAAGGAAAAUCUCCUGAGGAAAAGGAACAAAUACUCAGGGGAUUGGCAAUGCAAGGAAUUCCAUUACCGGUGUCAAAAACAGCAUCGGAGAAAAAAAUUACAGAUAAAAUACGGGCUGAAAUCGGCCUUCCCCCAGAACCUAAAUCAGCGAAAGAAAAACAAAAAUAUGUAGAUGCUAUUGCUGCUGGAUUAAUAACUCCUUUAGAAGGAAAAACUACCGACCAAAAAGAGAAGAUACUUAAAGCCCAAGCAAAAAUGGGUUUAUCUUUACCUCAGGGCAGAACACCUUCAGAAAAAUCUCUUAUAGCUAGAAUAAAAACAGCUGCACCUUCAGAAAAAUAUCCGCCAUCACACGUGUUACGCGAAGCUAAAGAGGCUGGACUCUUAACACCUUUGGAAGGUAAGUCUGAGAAGCAAAAAGAAAAAAUUCUUAAAGGACUGGCUAAGCGUGGUUUACCUCUCCCCGAAGCAAAAACUGAGUCGGAGAGGAAACUAAUUGAAAAAGUGCAAGAAGAAAUAAAAGGACGACCAGCUUUGCCACCAGAAAAAUUAAAAAAAUUGGACAAAAAGACCGCCAAAAACAUUAAAGAAGGAAAAGGUCCCAGUGACGAAUGUAUUUGUGAUUUAUUAACACCCGAAUCGGAACGCCCUCCUAUAGGUAUAACUGCAAUUAAAAUGCCUUCUAAGAAAAUUACAAAAUCUAUGAAACUAUUAUCUGAAAAAAUAAGAAAAGCUAAAACUGCUGGUUUGAUAACUCCUCUAGAGGGCAAAAGUGCGAAACAAAAAGAAGAAAUUCUGAAAGGUUUAGCUGAAGCCGGGUUACCUUUACCGGAAGGAAAGACUCCGUCGGAAAAAUUGUUAAUACAAAAAGUUAAGACAGAAUAUGGAAUACCUCCAAAAGCUAAAACUGUUUCUGAGAAACAGUUGAUAGAAAAAGCAAAAGCUGAAGGGUUAUUAACACCAUUGAAGGGAAAAACUCCAUCACAGAAAGAAAAAAUUAUAAAGGGUUUGGCUGAAGCGGGUUUGCCAAUACCAGAAGGUUCAACGCCCUCUGAAAAAUCUUUGAUUCAAAGAAUAAGAACAGUGGUUGGUCUUCCUCCUGAACCCACACCUUCGGAAAAAUUAGGUAAAAUAAGAACAAAAUCCAAAAAAAUUGGUGUAGGAGAAGUACGUAAAAGUGAAAGAAAAGUAGGAGUGUCAAAAUCAAAAACAGGUAUUGUUGAAGAAUUUGAAGAUAUCAUUAAAACUACCACUUGUGACAGGGGUUGUGGUUGUGAUAAGAAGAAAAUUCGAUUUAAACAUAGCUAUGUAAAAAUACGAGUCACAUCGCCAGACAUUUCGUCCUUAUGUCCAUGCCCAGAAGAGUGCCUUCCCGGAGUGAAAGGAGGAGUUUUUACGGAUAAUGAAGGAAUAAAAGUAACAGUUGGUAGAGUUUCAGGCAUUUCGCCCUUUCCUUCUAACGAGUUUUUUAAAUUUAAACCUGUGUCAACUUUAUCGUUGCCAUCUUUCAAUUUAUCCAGAGUACAUAUUGAACCCCAACUAUCAGAAAAAAGAUCCUUAAAGAGUAUUUACUCUAGUAAAAAUUCAAUACAAUUUACCGACAGUUCACAUAUUUGUGGUGAAUCAACUUACAAUAAAUAUAAAAAAAUUCGAAACAAUAAAGGCUCAAGCACAAUAAACACAUAUAGCUCAGACAUUGAAAUCGAUGAUGUAUCUGAGUAUAUUUGUGAAGAAGAAACUACAAGACAUUCUAGUUUAGAAAGUUUAUACUUGUUAAAGACGGAAUCAUCAGUGAGUCUCUCAAGCUUUUCAGAUAUUAUAAGCAUAAUAUCUAUUUCUACUUCUUCCUUAGACAACUCCUUGUAUUCUGAAUAUUAUGAAAGAGAUAAUGAAUAUAAUUCCGAAUUAGAAGAGGCUUUUGAAAAUAAGAACUUUGACGUCAGCGUGACAAGUCUGGACGAAUCGUUGUGGACAAACGAUUAUACAUUGUCUCAGACGACAGGUUCAGAACCAAAAAACGAUCUGAGUUUAACAACAUUACAAAUAACAAAUUUAAAAACGAGGCUUUUCGAUUUGCUUGAGAGUAAUGAAUUGGAUCAAAAAGAUUCUAUGAUGGAUGAGCUAGAUGAACGUGAUAUAAGAUUUCUUUUGCGGAAGGUUAUAUCAAACAGGUCUUUACAUGACUCCUCCUCACUAAUUAUUCUCAUUCCGACUACAUCUGAUGAGUACUCUUCAGAUGACUUAUCAGAAAAUUGUAUAAAUUCUGCAAUAUGCAUUCCACUUAGUGACAAACCUUGUAACAAGAAGCCAAGCAACUACAAACCAAACAACUGUGAAUAUAAUACAAAACCCCGUCAAGGUCUAAAGAUUGUUAAAAAAAAUAAAGACGUCAUUCAAAAGGAUAUUAAACUUACAUUUAAAAAGCAGCAAAAAUCUAAACAAAUGCAAAAUAGUAAAAGAAAAAAUAGCGUUCCUAAAAAAACAACUCAAGACCAGCUAUCUCAGUUUUCAAGUAUUUCCAUUAAGAUUAAGAGUGACACUGGAAGAGUUUUUAGUGGUGACACAACGCAAGACAGGCCAUGCUGUUGCCAACCACCAAAGGACCAGCAUUCGAAGAAUGCCACGGGACAAAUAGAUCACACUGUUGAAAAUGUUGUAUCAGAAUUAGUAACACCUAUGAUGCGUAACGAAGCUGUUGCACAAGGCAUAAGCGAUGAUCACAUUCCUGGGAUCAAAUGGCCAAAGAGAGUACUGCCACGCAAAUCUUUUCCUCAUGUAUUGAACACCUCGUCCAACUUUUGUCAACAAACUUCAGUAAGCUUGUGUAAAAUUCCCCCAUGUAGAGGGCAAAUUGGACCGUACCAUCACUCGCCGCCGCGUUCCCCUCCUCGAUCCCCUCCUCGUAUAAUGUGUCCCAUACCAACAAAUAAAGUAAACAAGUCGUGCGAUUGUACUCCUGAGAAAUUAGAAAUGAUUUUCAAAGAAGUUGCGAAACAUAUGAUUUCAACUAGUUGUGGGAGCUCAGGAGAAUUUAGCGGAAAUAUGAAAUCCAAUCUGAAAAAAGUAACAACAUCGAUACCAAAAGCUUUAGAUAAGUCGUGUAGCACUUGCGGACCAAUGAAAUAUGAAGGAACCAUCAACUGCCGUUGCAGCGGAAAGGAAAAGAAAAUCAAACUUCCAGAGUUGUGUCCCUGCGAGAAAUACCGACCAAGGGCUGACGAAUUCGACGCAUUCGACACCGACACAGCAUUUCAAGAAAAGGACAGGAAGAAAAAGAAGAAAUCUAUGAAAGGCAAGAAAAAUUUUAUAUGCGAAUGUCCAGAGGAGCCAGAACCAGAACCAGAACCCAUAUUCGUUCCAUACAUCGAUGAGAGGAUACUAAAGAAAAUGAAAUCAGAUUUAACGCAGUCCACAUCUGGCUUCACAUUCAACAUAAAUCGCAAGAACAUGGAAACAGAGAUGAGUUUCGAGGACGCUCUCAAAUUCUUUGAGGAUCAUCCCGAGUUUAAUCCACCGGAGAGAUACAAUGAAGAAUUAUGUGCAUGCCGAAAUAAAUUAUUAGGAAUAAAUAGACCUGGCUCCGCCCCGUGUAUAUGUCCGGAGGAGAUUCCACCGUAUGUUGAACCAGAAGAAGAGCCUUUCCAGGGAUUCAAAUUUCAGAUAGGUGCCAAAGGAUCAGGAUCAAAAGGCCUCAGCGGCAUUUUAUGCUUUGACGUCGUCGAGAACUAA